AUGCCAAUACAGAAAAACACAACCUGCGAGUAUCGCCCUGUAGAUCGUAAGCGCGUACCUGUAUCUCACGAGUACGUCGCGAGCCUAGAGUCACGCCUUUCGUGGUUCGAGUCCUUCGUCCGCAACCUCCGCGCUGCGACGGCGGAGGAACGGGAGGAGAUGCUCAACUCCGCCGCCCAAGAGGAGAGCCCCCACAGCAGUAUAAAAGCAUCGGGAGUGGACUUGAAACAAGCACCCGGCGAAUACGUGAGCCAGCUUGGCGCCCGAGCCCGCUCCCAAGCAUCCACUGAACUUGGUCUCGAAGGGUCCCUAGUCUAUCAGGGCGCAACCUCCAUCUUCCGCGCUGAUAUCCCCGACUUACCACCCAAAGACCCCAAUAUCGUAUUGCAGGGUUACUCAUCUGGCAUAGAAUCAAACUUCGAGUCUGUGAUGCAACAUUUCGACCUCAGCAUGUCUUCGUCUGACAUCAUGGCUCCAUUGACACAAUUCUUCCGAUGGCAGUACCCACACUUCAUGUUCAUCUACCGCGAGGCCUUUCUCCGAGACCACUUUGGUGACCGCAGGAACGGAAAGUACUGGUCGCCGGCGCUUUUGCUCUCAAUCUGUGCGCUCGGAGCGCUUGUGGGCGUGGAUACGAAGACGCGGAGCGAGCGGUUCUUCCUGGCGGCGGAGAGCAUCAUCAUGGUAACGGGGCUGACGAGGCCAUCUGUCGCGACCGUGCAAGCGUUUUUAUGUUUGGCACUGUAUGAGAUAGGGAGGGGGAAUUCGUCAAAGGGAUGGGGUUACUCUGGAAUCGCCUUCCGCAUGGCGCAAGAUCUGGGUUUCAAGAGAGACCCCAAAGACUGGGUCCACCACGAUUCGUCGCUAGCAACGGCAGAGGACGUCGAGAUCCGCCGAAGAAUUUACUGGGGCUGUUAUAUCUCUGACAAGCUGAUCAGUCUGAUACUUGGUCGUCCUGUAUACCUGGCGUAUGAAGAUGCCAAAGUGCAACCUAUGGAGACUCUCCCGUACGUCAAUUACCGCCCUAUGCUUACGUCAACGUCGAAUCUUAUAACGUACAGUGAGCCCCCCGAGAUGAUCCUCUGGCGUCCCAUAGGCUUCGAAGAAGAAUAUGCUGAAUCGACACAAUCCACGUCGAUGAUUCCACACCUCCAUGAGCAGAUCCGUCUGUCUCAGGUAAUAGAAAUGAUGAUGUCAACACUUUUCUCGCCAAGGUCUCAUCUGGAUGGCCUCAACCGGCGAGUGUGCUUUGACAACCUAAACCUCGAACUAAAUCGCUGGCGAGAAUCAUUGCCGGACUUUGCGAAGUGGCGGAAAUGGGGAUCGCCAUCCAAACCACUACCCGGAGUGCUGGCUCUUCACGUGCGCAUUGCCCUCAACUAUGACCAAGCUGUCGCAUCUCGCAGCGGUGACACAGAGGAUAUACUCCGCCUCUACUGUGUUGCAUCAGCCCAGGAUAUCACGUCUCUCUUGCGAACAUAUCGAAGCCAGUACGGCCUCCAAAAUGCGCCUCUCGUUUUCGUAUAUGGCGCAGUGCAGGCGAGUCGCUCAGCAAAAGCUUUUGGGAUCACCGAGGAAAGCCAGUAUUUGAUCCAGAUGCUUGGAGAGUUGUCAUCGGCAUGGGGUCUCUCUCGAGAGGUCCUGGUGAGGGUAUGGGAUUGCUAG